CCGCCGGCGGUUUCUAAGGAUUGAUUUAUGGUAACCUUUAUUAACUGAAGUCAUGAAUCCUACAUGGGAAGAUCCCAUUCCAGAUGAAGAUGAUGAUGAAAAUGUAUAUGAUAAAGGAUUUGUUCGAGGUCGAGAUGCAGUUAUAUUUUUAAUAGAUGCAUCGAGAGAAAUGUUUCAGCCUCUUCCUGCUCAUCCGGAAGAAGAAAUGAUACAUCCGACAUGUCCUUUCCAGUUGUCACUAAAGUGUGCCCGUACAACUUUAACUAAUAAAAUAAUAUCAAGUAACAAAGAUCUUACAGGCAUUGUUUUAUUUGGUACAGAUAAAACAAAAAAUACACGGAAUGAUACUGACUUCAAACAUAUUUAUGUAUUCCAUGAUUUAUGUGAACCAGGUGCUGAAAGAGUUUUAGAAACAGAAGAGCUCAUGAGUUUGGAUGCAAAUGCAUUUCAAGAAACUUAUGGACAUUCCACAGAUUUUUCUAUGGCUGAUGCCCUUUGGGUUUGCAGUAUUAUGUUUUCCAACUGUAAAUUUACACUAGCACAUAGAAGAAUAUUACUAUUUACUGCAAUUGACAAUCCCCAUGAAAAUUCUCCUCAGUUGCAACUGCAAGCUCGCACAAAAGCAAAAGAUUUGCAUGAGAGUAAUAUUGACAUUGAUUUGAUGCACAUACAGUUGCCUACUCUAGAAUUUGAUACGUCAAAGUUCUAUAAGCAUAUUGCAUUGACAGCUGAUGAUGAAUUCUAUAGUAUGCCAAGUGCUUCUGACAGACUUGAUGAUCUUUUAACUAGGGUGCGUUGUAAAGAACAUAGGAAGAGACCACUUGGGAGUCUAAAUUUUACUGUUGGAGAAGGUGUAACUGUUGCUUUUAAAAUGUACAAACUUGUUGUUCCUACUUCUAAGCCUACACCAGUUAAAUUAGCAAAAGAAAAUAAUGCUGAAUUAACUACUGUCACUAAUAUAUUCUUAGGAGAUACAGGAGAAAUUCUUCUUCCUUCAGACCUAAAAAAAUAUCAAGAAUACGGAGGAAAGAAAAUAUAUGUAACUGACGAUGAAGCUAAACAAAUACGGCAUUUUGAUAGUCCUGGUCUCUUGCUGAUGGGUUUUAAACCUAAGUCUUGUUUAAAAACUCAUUACCAUCUGAAGCCAUCCUUGUUCUUGUAUCCUGAUGAAAAAACAAUUGAAGGCAGUACACGUUUAUGCUUUGCAUUCUUAAUUCAGUGUCAGAGGCGAGAUUAUGUUCCUAUAUGUCGAUUAAUUUCAAGAAAUAAUGAUCCUCCAAAAUUUGUUGCACUUUUACCACAGGAAGAACAAGUGGAUAAUCGUGGAUUCCAGAUUGUUCCUCCUGGUUUCCAUGUUGUUUAUCUACCUUUUAUGGAAGACAUUCGCAAUGUGAAAGUUGAUAGUAAGCAUAAUCCAUCUGAAGCUUUAAUUGAAAAAUCAAAAGAAAUUAUUAAAAAACUCCAGUUUGCAUAUCAUCCAGAAUCCUUUGAAAAUCCUGUUUUACAGAAACAUUGGAGAAAUAUUGAAGCCUUAGCUUUAAACAGAGAUGCCCCUGAAGAGAUAAUAGAUUACACAUUACCAACAAAAGAUGUUAUUGAGAAAAGAGCUGGCAGAUUGAUAGAUGAAUUUAAAGCAUUACUGUGUCCUGGAACUCCUGAACCAAAUCCUGGUACUAUGUAUGGUGCUCCUGCCAAAAGACCAAGACUAGAUGAUUCAGCAGUGCCAUUAACUUUGCAACAUGAAGUUGCUACUGGUCAGUUGCCUCGGUACAAGGUCAAUGUUUUGAAGGAAUUUUGUAAGCGCAAUGGAAUUCGAUGUGGCUCAAAGAAAGCUGAUAUCAUGGAAGCAAUCAAACGAUUUUAUCUUGAACAUUAAAUCUUUUCAAAGGACUGUUUUUGAUGAAUAUUUGAUUGUGGGCAGUCUAUUAUGAUUUUUUUUUGUACAAAUUGUGAAAAACUGCAAGAUUCUCAAUUAUUAAGUUUUUAGCCUUUUGAAGAAUUUGUAAAUAUUCAUUAGAAAUUCCUGUACAAUUUCAUUUAAAAAAAAAAUAAACCAAUGGAAAUGA